AUGUCUCGUAGCGCCCCAUUUACAAUUUCCGUGGCCAAUAAGUCUGGCGUGAUGCAAUCCUAUGCGAUCUUCAGUGACGCUCCGACUAUACGCCCCUCUGGAGGGUCCCCUGGCACCUCUACCAGGUCAACUAUACGCAUUAUCACUAGCGUCAAGGGUGUGAGCAGUGGGCAAGGCAUGGGCUGUUUUACCCUCAGCAAGAAACUGUACGCGACAUGCGGCACUUACGACGUUGACAGUGACCCCUCAGAAGGCGACGAAGAGCGGUCUCCAGUUGGCACUGGCACGGAAGUCAUUGACCAGAGGCCUGUGACAUUGGGUAAAACCGAUGUCAAAGGAAAAAACAUUGGGGGAACUCUACUAGAGGUUGAUUCUAGCGGUGGCUCCCCUGCGUUUGUGAACGGUGGUGAUCAGGAAGCGGCAGGCGAAGUCGAUUGCUUUGCCAUACGGACCCGGUCCGAGUUCACUUCACAGGAAGCUAAGCUAAACAAGUUCGUCCUGGGCUUCAGCUCUUCUUUGAGACACACAAUUGGGGCAUACGCCACCUUCGUACCUGCACCCAACCAGACCUACCAGGUCAAGCCUUCGAAGGUCUUUUACGUUGCCAUUGGCACUUACAACGCCCGAGACCUUGUCAAAGAGGGCCUACGUACAGCCACAGCGACAUUUCGUGUUGACUUUGAAGAGCUAAGCACAAAUGAUGUGCAGCUUGUCCAUGAUGAGCGCGGAAAUUUACAGAGACUGGUGUCUGGGAACGAAGAAGAAGAGUAG